UAUGGAUUAUUGGAUUGUAUUGAUUGACGUAACUCCAACUUAACCUAAGAUUUUUGGUUUAAAAAAUGUCUAUUAUAAAACUUUAGCUAAUAAUGGUUUAUUUAAAAUAUAUAAACGGUGUCCUUUAUAGACGAUUCUCUUCUGCUGUCAAACCUUUGAAGAAAGACAUAAUUGUAUCAGGAAAUCCCUACAUUACAGACGAUUACACAAAUGUAACCGAUCGUAUUCUAUCACACGUAGGAAAAAACUUACAUUUGCAACAGUAUCACCCCCUAAAUCUAGUCUAUCAACGUAUAGUAAACUAUUUUUACCAAUCCUUCCUGAAUGCCAGAAGAAACCCCAUUUUUUCAGUGUAUGACAACCUUGCACCAGUAGUUAGUGUAAAUCAAAACUUUGAUAGUCUGUUAAUACCAACAGAUCAUGUUUCUAGAUCAAAAAGCGACUGUUAUUACGUGAACAGAAAUUAUCUUUUAAGGGCCCAUAUGACAGCACACCAAUCUGAGCUAUUAACAGCAGGAUUAAACAAUUUUUUGAUGGUUGGUGAUGUUUACAGGAGAGAUGAAAUCGAUCGAACUCACUAUCCAGUUUUCCAUCAAGUUGACGCUGUUAGAUUGAAAACUAGGGAUGAAAUAUUCCCGAACGAUAAUAAAUUACAAAUCUUUGAAAAGGAUGGUAAUACAGAGUCUUUUGGCGGUCAGGAAAAACAAUCUUGUCAUACAUUAGAAGCAGUUAAACUUAUGGAGCAUGAGCUGAAAACAACUUUAGAGGGACUAGCCAGUCAUUUGUUUGGAAAUGUAAAAUUCCGAUGGGUUGAUACGUAUUUUCCUUUCACACAACCCUCAUGGGAGCUGGAAGUUUUCUAUGAAAACGAAUGGUUAGAAGUGUUAGGCUGUGGCAUAAUGCGUCAGCCGAUUCUCACAAACUCUGGAGUUAAAGACCGCAUUGGAUGGGCAUUUGGAUUAGGUUUAGAGCGUGUUGCAAUGUGUUUAUAUAAAAUAACCGAUAUCCGUACAUUUUGGUCGCAAGACUCAGGAUUUUUGAGUCAGUUCAAAACAAAUGACAUUAACAAAACUAUUAUUUACAAACCGAUCAGCCAGUAUCCUCCCUGUAAGUGUGAUGUGAGUUUUUGGUUGCCAGAAAACGCAGAAUACUCUAGUAAUGACUUUUAUGACAUUGUGAGAAGUGUAGGUGGUGAAAUAGUCGAGCAAGUACAGCUUAUUGAUAAUUUUACACAUCCAAAGACAAAAAAAACUAGUCACUGUUACCGGAUAGUUUAUAGACAUAUGGAAAAGACUUUGAUACAAGAGGAAGUGAAUAAAGUGCAUCAAAAAAUAGCCGAUGCGGCGUCUUUGAAUUUGGGUGUUACAUUAAGGCAAUAAAGAAUUUUUAUCAUAUAUAGAGUUUUUUAUAUUUAUUGUGUUACAACUUAAUACAAGAAGGCUUAUUAGAAGUGACAGAACAUCAUUAAAGUCAAAAAUAUUGAUCAAACAAUUUUAUUGAUCCAAAAACUUCAUUAUUCACUAAACAUAUUGCAACUCUCUAUAGUUUAAUUAUGUCUAAUUUUAAAAAAGAGUUAGAUAAACUCUUUAACGAUCUGAAAUCAGAUUUAGAUGCUGAUAAAAAGUACUGGCUGAGAAAUGAUGCAAAACUGAGAGCAGUGAUUACUUCUAAAUCUUAUGAUGAAUUUCGAGAUAUUGUCGAUGCAGCACAUCUAAAGGGGUUAUCAAAAAAAGAUUGUAAAAACAAACCUCACACUAGCUGGAAUAAGAUGGCUCAAUAAUAACAUAAUUCAAAAAACAAUAUUGUGAAAAAUAAAACUUCGUUU